GAACUAGGCCAUCCUUUCCUUUCGAAAGUCUUGCCUACAACAGAAGACAUGUCAAAAAUCUUAACCUCACUAACCAUCGUUGGUUAAUUCUUUCUUUGAUAAAUAAGAAAAAUGGGCAGUAUUGCUAAAAUAAUACCCCAAUUUAAAAGGUUAUGUAUUGCUGCAACAGUCCGAAACAUUGGCACACAGGGUCCUCAAUUUUUCAGGGCUACACCUUGCCUCAUGGCUGAACCUUUAAAGAAAAAAAAGAAACUGGAUCCAGCAAUUAUUCGAGCCAGAGAAGAGAGGAAAAAGAAGAAAAUUGAAAAGCAAAUUCGAAGAUUAGAGAAGAAUGCAAGACAAUUAAAACCUAUUGACGAAUGUGAAGUUGCUCUAGAACUGUUGGAUCAAAAAUUAGAAAGACAAAGAGGAAUAACGCAUUCGCCGGAAAUAUUAGAAAGCAGAGCGCUACUAGAAAAAAAAUGGGCCAAUUUUAAGCGAAAGCAACUCCUAGAUGACUUACAAAUGAUUGACAGGAUUAGUUUCCAUCAACAAAAAGCUUUAGAUGAGCUUAAAAAUGAGUCCGAGGAGUUGUACCAAGAAGCUAUACAGCCUGGUCACAUUUUGCCAUUCAUAAGCAUUGGCCCUGUGGAGACGCCUGCAAUAGACAAUUAUGAUGUUCCUGAUGGAGAAUAUCAAGAUGUUAGUAAAAAGUGGGUUUAAAGAUUUGAGGACUGAGAAAAAAAGCAUCAUCUGCUUGCAAAUUUAUCACCCAGAGAUUUACCAAUAUUUCAAAUAGGAUACAGGGUAACCUAUUUACAAAAAAACAAAAAAUCCUAAGUCAUAAUUAAGUAAUGAUAAGCAAUAGGGCGGUUUGACGUUCUAUUUAUUCAAUAUGGUGCCCUAGACAUGACAAACUUGACAACCAUAAAGGUAUGUUUACAAUGGCUGUUUUCGAUUAGCUUUGGUUUGUCUUCAAGGCCAACCAAAUUAUUAGAACCAACUGUUUUCGAUUGCAAACCGGUGACGCGACAGACAUUGCUUGGCCCGUCCAAAUUCGAACCAGCAUCACGAUUUGGUUUGAAUUUCGGUUUGCUUUUAUAACCUUAAAACAUGGCGUUUUUCUUGACAAACCAAAUUCAAAAGCUGUCAACCAACUUCUGUCAUAUCCGAACCAGGUUCAGAAUCGAAAAGGGCCAUUCAAAUCCUCUCUUCAAAUUGCAAUCAAUUGGAAUUGAAUGUAAAGAGACCUUCAUGAUCGUCAAGUUUUGUUAUGCCCACGGCGCCAUUUGAACAAACAGAACAUCAAUCGUCCUAUAAGUUGUAUUCCUUUCAAGAGUACACUAGACCUACUCUCUCCGCUCCGGUGUUAGUCGACCCCGAUUUGAAAGGAACAAAUGGGCUGGCUUUCGUGCAUUAAAUGGUUUGAGUUUGGGCUUGAGGCGCUUGAGCACUUCAGGUGCAACAAACACUUUUCGAAAGGAAUAAGCGCAUAACGCCCCAAAGCUCCUCCUACGUGUGAAAGGAAUACAACUAUAGUUCCUUAGGAUAAAUCAAUUAAGUUGGUAUUAUUUUUCAAAAUCUGCAGGUGAUUUAUUAUGAGUAAAUGAGGCUUGGAAUACUGGUUUAUACAAACCUUUAUUUGUUCUUACAUGAUUCACAAAAAAAGAAAAAUGUUUUCCCUGACCUUGUAUCGUAUUGGUGAACAUCCUUACAAAAUAGAAUGCUUAUAUUAUUGA